AUGCCAACCCAGAAGCCUACGUUCCAGUCCCUGCCUCUUCGCCCGGACGGCCCACGCGGUAACGCCUGGGGACUCUUCGGGGAGCAUGACGAGAUGGGCAUGCUUAACCUGCUCACCCCUGAGAACACCGCAGCGGCUGCGAAGGAGAUAGUCGAGGGUGUGCGAGUUUCGACCGACUGGGCUCUGAACAGUAUGGCCGUCCCCUGCUUUGGACGAUCGGCCUUUGAGCAUACAGUCAAGAACAAGGCUCCACGUCCCGUGAAUGAUGAUAUCUUGACCUUUAACACCCAGAGCAGCUCUCAAUGGGACGGAUUUCGUCAUUAUGGAUCUAAGGAUGGAUCGUACUACAACGGUUGUUCGCUGGAGGACAUUCAGACCUCGACGCGCAAUGGAAUACACGUCUGGGUCGAAAACGGCGGCAUCGUCGGACGAGGUGUGCUUCUCGACUACGCUAGCUGGGCUGAAGCUCACGACCACCCGGUGAAUUGCUUCCAAACGCAAUCCAUCCCGGUUUCCGUGCUCCAAGAAGUGGCUGCGAGUCAAAAGACGACCUUCCGACCGGGAGACAUUCUGUUCAUCCGGACUGGUUGGACGCGGGCAUACGAGCAACUCUCCGCAGCAGAGUGUCAGCAAUUAGCGGAUCAUAAGGCACCGCCCGUGAUCGGAGUCGAAUCAUCGGAGGAGAUGCUGCAAUGGAUCUGGGAGAAUAGUUUUGCGGCCGUGGCAGGCGACAUGCCGAGUUUUGAAGCAUAUCCUCCUCAGAGCACAGAUUUCUUUCUGCACGAAUGGCUAUUGGCAGGGUGGGGGCUUCCCAUUGGUGAACUGUUCGAUUUAGAGCGACUGAGUCGGGAAUGUCGCCAGCGAGGACGCUACAGUUUCUUCUUCAGCAGUGUACCAUUGAAGGUGCCUGGUGGUGUGGCCAGUCCUCCGAAUGGCGUUCUCAUAGGAAAUGGCAUUGAAUGCCAACUAAUGCCUUUGACAGAUGCAAUCGAUGUCGCUCCCGAAAAACUCGCUGUGCCGGGAACCCGCCGCUGCCCUGUGCGGCCUGCGUGGACGUUGGCGAGACGUGCAUAUACUCCGAGGCUGAAAAGCGCGGAAUACCGCCAAUUACGAUCUCAGUCACAGUCACAGUCGCAAUCGCAAUCGCAAUCGCAAUCGCAAUCACCAUUUCGAGCAAUGCGCAGCUCAUCCAUCGCAGAAAGCGAUUGGUACACUUCUCCUAGUGCGCCGUCGAGUGCGCCGUCUACAGGGGCCCGUUACUCGGAAAGCGAGAUUCCCCUCGAGCGUGAUGACUGGUGGUACAAGGGGACCGACAAUCUGUUACUGAACCGAUCGGGAGAACAUCACUUCGUGGGUGCAUCAUCUACCACCCAUCUGGCCAAGCGCCUCAAUCCUGGCUCCACCAAUCUGGCCUGGGAUGUGCGCCCUCUUUACGAUGAUCCCACGUCCCUCCGACGACCAAUCGCGCGUACUUUACCACAACUACCAAGCUUUGAAUUCGCAAAACGACUCUUCUGGGUUCAAUACGCUUACAUUGGCACCAUAUUCUCUUUGAUCCACCCAAGGCAAUUCGAGGAACGGCUAGACUUUGUCUAUCAUCAGCCGCAAGACUUUUCCCAUCGUGAAACCUGUCUGACCUACUGCCAGGCUCUUUUGGUCAUUGCCUUUGGGCUCAUGUAUUCAGUCAACCAGUGGUCGGGAGAUGAAGGACCACCGGGCUUCAAAUAUUUCAAGCAUGCCCUGCGAUUUUUACCAGAUAUUCACGAAGAAGGCUCUAUUUUCUUUGUUGAGGUGCUAUGCUACGUGGCAUACUACAUGCAGAACCUUAACAGACGAGAUGCUGCUUUUAUCUAUAUUGGGCUCGCUCUACGAAUGGCCAUCUCUCUAGGGCUUCACCAAGAGGUUUUGGAUCCAGGAAUCAGUGAGACAGACCGCAACCGCCGCCGCAGAGCGUGGUGGUCCGUGUAUAGUCUCGACCGGGUUCUCUCAGUAAAAUCUGGCAAUCCUAUUACCAUCCAGGAUGAAGAUAUUGGCAUCACCUGGCCAGCUGCGCUAGAUGGAUCAACCUCUGAUCCAUGGCCAUCAAUUGUCUUGACUUAUUACACGCAGCUCUCCCGUAUCUUAGGACGAAUCGGCGAGGAGAUUUAUCGAAAAAAGCCUCGCUCCGGUUCCAACCUCAUAAUGUCUGUGCAGAGCAUCACCAACGAUCUUGCCAGCUGGCUUCGAUCCAUUCCAGAUGGUCUUCGGAUUGAUUUUACCACACUCGAUACGCACGUCAACCGAGAGACUGUGUCCAUCAACUUGCACUUUUACUCGUGCGUCAAUAUGACUGCACGUCCGCUCGUCUUCUAUAUCAUCCAAAGACGACUCGAUACAGCUGCUCUUAAGACUUCGGCUGGAGAUUGGAAAGCUGGGCUGGCUCCAAAUACUGUCGCAGUCAUCGACAGUUGUAUCACGGCUGCUCGGGCCACCACGAUGAUUAUGGACGCUGCCGCCAAACAUAAUCUCAUUGCUACGUACGGCUACCUUGACGGCGACUACAUUUUCUCCGCUGCGCUACUACUGGUUAUGGUCAACGCGGCAUUCCCUCACAAUGAAGCCAACAUGCGCUCAAUGGAGACAGCUCUCAAUCUUCUUCGGAGUAUGGCCGACAGGGGUAAUUCCUAUCUAGCCUCUCGGCAUUCUCUCCUUCUGGAGCUACGCGCAGCCAUCGAUCCCAAGCCUGUGCCCAACGACGUUGAGCAACUGAGCCCAGGUCUAGUUGCCCCAGACACGCCCAAGAGUGACCAACCGGUGAGUCCAGGAAUUGAAGCAACGAUGCCUAACCCGCCUCCGAUUCUUGUGGACGAGUGGCCACAAGCUCCCGAGUUUCCUUCGUUGGAGGAUAUCUCUUUCCAGAUUGAUAUUGAUGACGAUCCAGCACUGUGGGAGGGCGCAUUGAAUCAGAUUGAUAUUGACAUGGAUACGGACUGGAUUGAGAAUACUCUGAGAAGAUAG